AUGAUCAGGAGUGAGGAUGACAUAACUUGUGAGGUCACACUACAAGCUCCUGAAGAUGACAAAACCAAAAAAAAGACUCCUAAACUUUCAAAGCCAGAUCCAUGCAUGCUCCUAUUCAUAAUUGCUGCUUGUAUUCACCCACACCACCCACCACUAUCACAAAAGACAUACCACUGCUAUUACCUCAACUUCUGCUCAACACCUACUGCUCAGAUGAACGUCAACUCCCCAAGCUAUGCUCACCACAUGGAUGAUGGGGUAUAUGACAGUGUUGUCCGCCAACUCAUGGAGCUCUCAACAGGAGUGUACCUAGGAGAUGCAAUGUACAGCAAUCACUACAUCAGAGCAGGCACAACCCCUAACAUCAUUAACAACAAGGCACACAUGAAAGGCAUCUUCACACUUAGAAAGCCUUCGCAAGCAACCAAAAUGAUGUAUAUCACAUUUGAGAAUCAAACCAACCUCAAAGAACUAAGAAAGAAGGAGAAAGAGGUAAUAAUCAAAGAGUGGACCAUGCAUACUGGGACUGACACCUUGGGUAUACCUGAAUACAUUAUGAUUCACAUGGGGCAACUAUAUGCAAUAGCCAAGAAGAGCCUCAUUGAAUCUGGUGAGGAUGGUGAAGGAAAAUAUACAGAGAGCCCAGCAACCCCAAACACAAAUGAGGUCACUAUCACCACCAACUCUUUCUAUGAGCUGAACAUUCUCCCAGACUACCAUGGGGAUCUGUUCCAACACAAAAACACAAAACUCCAUCAGCUCAACAUCAGAAAUAUUGACAAUGAGUUGGUUGCGCCACAGGACUGGUAUAGCAAGCUUCAGCAGGGUACCUUAGUAAUGGUCAGGGCGACACUUCAUGCAUUCAAUUAUGAAAACUGGAGAGUCUAUCAGCUGAAUGCUCACACCAUCUGCAUCUUGGAUCGCUCCAAGAUGUUGGCAGAGCCUUUAUGCAAUCCAUACAAGGAAAAUAAGCUUGAUGGACCCUCUGAAAAGUCAGUCACAUCAGCUGCAAUGAAAGGAGUGAAACUAGGAAAGAGAGUGAGAAAGGAUUGA